GGUUUCCGUAGUAACAGGAAGUUGUUCUGGCAACAUUCAGAGGCCAUUAAGUAGUCUCGUUAUCCUUCUGUUAGUAAACAAAUAUUGCGAAUUCUGCCACAGGUCGCGAUGGGUGACAUACGUCAGUCCCUGCUGCCUCGUGAUGUGCUGAGUGCCGCCAAGGAGCUGCUCUACCACCUGGACAUCUACAUCAGCAACCUGGUUCAGUCAGGGAGGCAACCUCCUCAGGUGGACACUAAAACCUUAGAACUAGUGGAGGAAUUUAUUCUGCAUGCACCCAAGGACAGAAACGCCCUGACCAGGAGAAUGAGCGCGCUGCAGGAACUCCAGCUUCUGGAGAUCAUGUGCAGCUGUUUCCAGGAACAAAGCCGUGAUACUGUUCGUCAGCUCAUGUUCUCCGCCCUCUUCAGCCUCCAAGGCAACCAGGCAGAUGACAGCCGCAUGGGACUGCUAGGAAAGCUGGUCUCUAUGGCGAUUGCCGUCAGCCGGGUUCCCAUCUUGGAAUGUGCCGCCACCUGGCUCCAGAGGACCCACUGCGUGUAUUGUGUGCGUCUGGCGCAAGUCCUGGUCGAUGACUACUGCAGCAUGAUGCCAGGUUCUGUGCCCACCUUGCAGAAUAUCCACAGCGCCAGUCCCCGCUUUUGUUGCCAGUUCAUCACUGCUGUUACCACGCUGUAUGACCUCACCUCAGAGGAGCUCACGCCUCCUCUAGAACUCCUCCAGAUGAUCGUGUCAUGGAUCCAAGAGGACCCUCGCAUCGUCCUAGUCACCUUCCUGAACACGCCCCUGACCGGCAGCCAGCCGAGCAGCUCGCUCGAUGUCACACCUCUCGGCGGGCUGGUGCGCUGGUGUGUCAAAGCCCCGCUGGCGUACAAGAGGGACAAGAAGCAGAUGUUGGCACACAGCAACUCAGGCAGCGAACAGGAAGUGGCGGGUCUUUUCUCCGCACUCCAUUUGAGCGUCCUACAGGUCUUCAUGCUCCUGCCAAACAUACUAAACGAGAAAGGCAUUUUCGGUCGUCUGGCCCUCCUUCAGAUGGAGUCCUUGGCCUCGCUAACUUCCGACCUUUCCCGGCUGCUGGACCAGGCCGACAAACACACCCACACACCGGCCGCCGACGUACAUGUGCUACCGCAGCUGGCUCUCGACCGGCUGGCUCAGGCCCUGCAGGUCGCCAUGGCCAAUGGAGCAUUGCUCUGCUCGAGAGAGGACCUGAGAGCCAUCUGUUCACGCCUCCCACACAACAACUUGCUCCAGCUGGUGUUGUCAGGACCGGUGAUGUACUACAACAACAUCCACACCCCGCCUCUGGCCUUCAGCCCGCACGCGUCCCAUUCCCCCAUCGCCUCGCACCCCAUACACCCGGCACACGCGCCCCACACGCCGCUGGCCUCGCACCCCUCCUCCCAUCCACAAUACCCCGCUCAGCCCUUCAUGACAGGGAUGCCGUUCCCCUUCCGGCCCAGCCACUGAAGAAAAGCGUCCUGUGAGUUGAACUUGUUCUCGUGUGUGUGAGUGAGGGCGUAUAAAACGUGUACGCGCGUGUGAAUGUUUGUCAAAUGUGUCAUGUAUUAUAAUGCUAAUUAGCACACUGACUUCUGAUUGAGUCUGCGUGGCUAACAUGUUUCUCCAAUAAAUAUUUUUCUAUGUA